AUGAGACCAUUCCUGAAGAUUUCACCUAUGGACUUACCUUCAGAUUCUUACUAUGAUAUUUUCAAAAACUCAUUCACAAUUAUUCAUCUGUUGCAGGGUUGCAAUGAUCCCUAUGCUCUGACCAGGAUUAGUCUGCAUAUGACAACACAGAAAGAUGAUGUAACCCUAGCAGUGUCAGGUGAAGAUGCUCUGCUGCCCUCACCUCAGAAUAUCUCUAUUCUUUCUACCAACAUGAGACACUUCUUAACAUGGAGUCCUGUGACCAUCCAGGGUGAAACUGUGAGAUACUCUGUUGAAUUUCAGGGGGAGUAUGAACGUGAGUAUGCUAAUGAGAGCUGGAUCCCCAUCUGUGAGUGUUCACUCAUCACAGCUACAGUGUGUAACAUCACAGAGGAUAUCUCAGCCACUGUGGCCUAUAACCUGCGUGUAAGGGCAGACACUGGUGCUCGAAGAUCACAAUGGGGCACCCUGAAGGGUUUCUUCAAUCGCAUCACAACUUCCCUGACCCCACCUCCAAUGAAGGUCAUAGCAGAUGGGUAUCAUUUACUAGUGGAGCUGAAAGACAUGGGGCCUGCCUUUCAGUUCUGUGUCCUCUAUUGGAAGAAAGGCCAGGAGAGUAGGAUGCACUGGAAGAUGGUGAAAGAUGUCAGCUCCACAGUUCACCUGGACACCAUGGAGGCAGGACAUGAUUAUUGUGUAAAAGCUCAGACAUACGUCGAGACGAUCAACAGAAGCAGUAGCUUCAGCCAGACACAGUGCGUGAGGGCACAAGGUGGCAGAUCCUUGUGGCUCGUUACUGCCAUGAUAUCCUCUGCUGGCUUUGCCCUGGCAGCUUUGACCCUGCUUUUCCUUGCCUGGAAAACAAGUAAAAUCUUUCAGUAUUCCUGCUGCCCCAUUGCUGUCCUGCCAGACACACUGAAAGCAGCAGAGCCCCCCGCCCAGCUGAUACUGUGUGGGAAUGAAGAAGCUGAGCAAUGUGAUCUGAUGGUGUGUGUGAUGCCUUCAGAAGAGGUUCUCCGACUUUGGAUUCAAGAAACACUUUAGCACACACCCCAAAAAAAAUCCCUGAUCCUGUGGAAACAUCUUCUAAACAGACCUGGCAGAUCAUGCUUCAGCAGGAGUCCUCAGAGUACCAACAAGUAGCAAUGUUAUCUUUGUGUAUAAAAACUGCUGUGAAAAAAGCGUUGUGUAUAAACAUGCGGCCUGCUCUCAUCCUCUUCAUUACACCUUCAUCCACCUACAGAAAAGCCAGUAAAGGCCACAGGUGACAACUGCCAGUUUCUGUACUUUCCCUUUAUAUCCAUACCUAUGACCAGACAAAAGUUAACUCAUCUUCCCUUCACCUUUCUCAGCCACAUGGAUGGCCCCAAGGUAGAGCCCACUCUUCAGGCACCAGUUCACCAGAGCAGUAAGUGUAGGGGUCCUAGGGGUCCCUUAAGCCCCUUAAUCCCUUAAGCCCAAACCACUUCGGUGUCAGCAUUUUUGCCUCAGUAUUUUUCAAAGAAAUUACCCUGUGAUGAAAUAAGCAGCAAGAGCUUCUUAGAUGGCCAAACAGCUGGAACAAACAGGGGAAAAAAUGGUAUCAGACCCUGAGCUGAGGUUAUGAUUAUUGGAAAUAAUGUUGAAAAUGAGUGGUUGUGACAUGAGAAUUUGCUGUAUGUGACAGAUAGCAAUAUAUGGUGAGAAUAAAACUUACAGCACCAUGAGGGAUGGCAGGGUUUUGUGAGUGCCUAGCAGGGAGCAAAGGUAGAGAAAGGUAGGCUCAAGAAAUGGGAAAAGAAACAGAAAGAAGGACAAAAAGAUGUGCAAAUCAUGUGGCCAGGGCUGUUCAGGCCGGGGCUGGCCUGUUGCCAGUCUCGUGGUUCAUCCCCACAGCUGAAGCAAGAUGCUGACUAUGUCACACAGGGCAAACCUGUCUCUGUGGCCACGAAGGCCAGGGUGGGGGCAACUGGAGUGCUUACCUUGGCUAGCAGGAGAAUAUCAGGAAGGAUUUAUCAAGCAGCCCAGCAUUACCAUGUCUGUGGCUAUUUCAGGCCUGAUGACACCGUUUUCUUCCGGAUAUCUCGUCAUCAUGU